AAAAAGAAAAAGUUGAUGGUUGCAGCUAUUGAUUUUGGAACCACAUUUUCUGGCUGGGCUUUUUCCUUUGACCAUGAUUAUAAAUCGGAUCCAACAAAAAUAUCCUGCAAACAGUGGAACAGUGGAAAGAAUAUUUCUAUGAAAGCACCGACAACAGUACUGAUAAAACCAAAUGGACACACACUGGAAGCGUUUGGUUACGAGGCAGAGGACAGGUACGCAGAUUUAGCAGACGAAGAGGAGCAUAAAACAUACUACUACUUCCAACGCUUCAAAAUGAUGCUAUUUGACAACAAGAAUCUAACUAGAAAUGAGGAGCUUGAAGACGACAAUGGUAAACGCCUGCCGGCGAAGCGUGUUUUUUCCUUAGUGAUAAGAUAUCUUAAAGACGAUCUGCUGAAAGAAUCUGAGAAAAAACUUGCUGGAGGACUUAAAGAAGAGGAAAUACAGUGGGUGUUAACUGUGCCGGCAAUCUGGACCCCACCAGCUAAACAAUUUAUGAGAGAAUGUGCCAUUGAAGCUGGUAUACAGUCUCAAAAUCUUUUGGUAGCCCUUGAGCCAGAGGCAGCCUCUUUAUAUUGUAAAUACCUCACAAUACAGAAAAAGAAAGAUGGGAAAGCAGAGUCAGAAGUACUAUCUUCAUUCGAACCUGAUGCGAGGUAUAUGGUUGUCGACGCUGGAGGUGGAACUAUUGACAUCAUAGUUCAUGAAGUAUGCACUGAUGGAACAUUGAGAGAGAUAUUUCAAGCUAAUGGUGGAAACUGGGGCGGCACAACGGUUGAUAAGGCUUUCAUAGAUUUUUUGACAGGAAUUGUUGGCAAAAAUGUAAUGAAGAGAUUCCAAGAUGAACACAAAGACGAUUUCCUCGACCUUCAAAGAGAGUUUGAAGUAAAGAAAAGGUCUAUCAAGCCAGAUCUUAAAUCGAAAGUAAAACUUAAAAUACCUGUGUCGUUGUCUGACAUUUAUAAAGAUAUAAACUCAAAAAGCGUAAUGGAAAACAUUGAGAAAGAUGAGGAACUUAAUGGAAAGGUGAAGUUUAUGGCAGAUAAGAUUUUAUUUGAUAGCAGUCUUUUUAAAAACCUUUUUAGCUUCACAACGGAUCAUCUUACAGAACAUUUGAAAUGUAUUCUUCAGGAAGAGACAACAGCAAAUACCAAUACAAUUUUGAUGGUUGGUGGUUUUUCAGAGUCCCCAAUGUUAUUUGAAGCAGUCAGAUCUUCAUUUGUUGAUAAAAAUGUUUUACUGCCUGACGAUGCAGGUUUGUCGGUUCUAAAAGGGGCAGUUAUAUAUGGACAUGAUAGAAAGGACAUCAGUGUCAGGAUCAGUCCAUAUACAUACGGUUUUAAAAUGUAUCAUUCGUAUGACCCACUACAACACCCAAGAGAGAGAAUGGUCAUCAAAAAGGACGGUACAAAAAAAAUUGGUGGUUGCUUCGGAAUAUUGAUAAGGAAGGGUGAAAAAAUGUCACCUGGUAUAUUUUCAAGUGGAAUACCUGCAACACCCUCUUUUGGAUAUAAUAAGUAUGCUUUAAAAUUAUUCGCAUCAAAGCGUUCUGAUCCUUUAUUUGUUGAUGAACCUGACAGUUUUAAAGUUGGAGAAUUACAUGUAGACUGUACGGACAACGAGGGAAAUGUCGGGGGCACUUUAGUACAGAUUAUGUGUGGUGGUACGGAGUUUGAAGUUCAAGUUAUUCAUGAAACAACACUAAAAGAGACAAAAGCUACUUUCAAUUUUCUAGACUGAAUGAAUUUCGUCAAGACAUGUAUAUGAUAUGUUGUAGUUAUCUGUAGAUGUAACUGAAAAUGAGCUAGAAAGGAGAAUGACAUAGCUAACAAAUAUAGAAAUACAAGCGUUUCAAUGGUACGAUAAAAUUAUUCCCAAUUGCAAACAAGCAUAUGCUGCAAUUAGGUACAUACAACAUUUCCUUGGGAAUUUAUAAUCAAUGUUUCAAGCCGUAUAUUUACUAUUUUCUUUUGAAAACAAUUCACUACUGAAAAAAUAGUUUGGUCUUUUUUCUGACACUUGAACAACCGGCAUUUUUUCUGGUUUUAUUUUCGUGUGAAUAUGGAUAUAAAGCUCUAAUCAUUGUAACGACUAAAUCGAAAGGAAAGAUACAAACCUAUUUCUGUCAUACGUGUAUUUUGGAAGUAUUCUUUUUCUUUAUUCAUAUAACAAUUCUUGCAGCUUAUAUAUCUUUUUAAGGCCAUUAUACAUGUAAAAUAUAAAUAUAAUUCAAUUACACACAAUGUUCAUUAGCUCUUUGGUCAAAUAAUGUAUUUUGAUGACAUUUAAAAUGUUUGUUACAUUUUUUGUCUUUUUGGUUUUGUUUUUAAUAAAUGUUAAAAUUGCUUACAGAUGAGGAUUUAUAAUGAAUUGCAUAAAAGUUAAUUCUUGAAUAUGACUGAUUUAAAAUGAAUUAAAAAGACGAAUUUUGGAAAGUUCAACGCUUGAAGUUUUCUAGAAAACAAAUUGUUCAUCCCAAUUUAUUUAUGCUCGACAUCCCUUGGCAUUGUGGAAAUAAACAGUGAUAUGAAUUUUAGACUUUUAUUACGCACUAUAUAAUUUCAGUGACUUUUAUAAUUCAUAGCUCCGUGCAAAUAUCUUUUGAUACAGUAGUCAACAAAACGAUAUAAUUUUCUGGUUUUCAAGAUACAAUGUACAUUUAUACCAUCAAUAAUGACAUGAAAUUCAGAAAAUAUUUACAUUAAACUAAAGUUUGAUGGUUUCUCCUAUUAAAGUGACAUUAUGCCCAUCCAAUGGUAUAACUGAGUGAACAAGUGAAUGUCAAAAUAACUUUUCAUUUUACCAUUAUUUCUUUCAAUAUAAAAACAUUAUUUCACAUUAACAAUAAACGACGCAUGGAUUCAAAUGGAAUUUUCGUAAAUACCCGCUAGAAUUUACCUGCAACGUUCAUUUCGUAAAAAGAGUGGGGCAGUCUUUUUAUAUUAUAGGCAGAUUUAAAUUUUACCCUAAACAUUUUCCAAUAUGAACAGUUGGUCAAUCACCAUUUUAACAGCCAAUCUUAUUGAAAUAUAUAGUCAGUUCAGCUUAACUUGACUAUGCAAAUAUGAGCAUAAUGUCACUUUAAUGAAAUGAUUGAUAUAAAUAUGAACAAUCUUAAAUAUUUCCUAAAAAAAUUACUAUCUUAUUUCUACACACCAACGCAGUUGUUUUGAUAUACUGUUUGUAUUCACAUCAGAUAUAAACAUUUGAGUUUGAUUUACUGGUUAGAUAUUAUCUCAAUUAUCUGUUGUGUUUUUUAACUUAAUGUAUUAUUCAUCAGAUAUGUCGCUAUGAUUGAAAAAGGUUAUGUUCUUUGCUAAAAUAUGACAGGUAAAACUAUUUUAUUAUGAAUGUUUUUCUCAAAAGGUCAACUGUGUUUGUACUAAUAAUGCUUGAACAUACUCUUCUAGAGUUUGAUUGAUUAAACUUACCAGAUUGCCCAUCAGAUGGGUCGCUUUCAGUGACCCAAUUUCUGUAUGUAACGUCUGAAUGCAAUUUAAAAUUCAUUCACAUGCAACAUAGAAAUAUGCAUA